ACAAAAUUUUCAAUUGUUUUUUUCUUAGUAAUUUAGUUAAUAUUUUUUGGAGGACUGAAUGUACUAUUAAAAGAAACAAUGGUGAAGCGUAAACGAGAAAUAACUGAUGUGGAAAGAAAAUUAAAAGUAGAAUCACCAACCACUGUGUCAUCUGAUCAAGAAUCGGUGAAAAGUGAAGAUAAUCAAAACUCACCACAAACAAACGAAGAACAGAAUCAUGAAUCAGAUGUUGAUGAAAAUUUUAUUAAACAAUUAUUAUCAACUCCAGAAGGUGCUGCAUUUCAAAGUCGUAUGCCAUACGAUAAAAUGACAUCGACUGAAGCGAUUGCUUUCCCUGAUAUUGCUCAAUCAUCACUGCCAACCCAAAAAGUUUACUUAAAUAUUCGUAAUCGUAUUUUACAAUUAUGGCUAGAAAAACCUCAAUUGCAAUUGACAGUUGAGAAUGCUUUUCAACGUAUCGAAUCACCGUAUAAUAGUGAUAAAACCUUACUAUAUCGUGUGCAUGCUUUUUUGGAGCGUCACGGCUUUAUAAAUUAUGGUAUUUUUAAGCAUUUAAAACCAAUACCUUCAAAAAAGUGCGGCAAAGUUAUUGUUAUUGGAGCCGGAAUUGCUGGAUUAAUUGCAGCACGUCAAAUGAGACAAUUUGGUUUGGAUGUUGUUGUUUUAGAAUCGCGUGACCGAGUUGGUGGUCGUAUUGCUACCUUUCGUAAGGGACAAUAUGUGGCUGAUUUAGGUGCUAUGGUGGUGACAGGUUUAGGUGGGAAUCCUUUAACUGUAUUAUCGCGACAAAUCAGUAUGGAUUUACAUAAAAUUAAACAAAAAUGCCCCCUUUAUGAAUCGAAUGGGGAAACGGUGGAUAAAAUUAAGGAUGAAAUGAUUGAGCAAGAAUUUAACCGAUUAUUAGAAGCCACAAGCUAUCUAUCGCAUCAACUCGAUAUAAAUUAUGCGGGUAAUAAUCCUGUAAGUUUGGGACAAGGUCUUGAAUGGAUUAUUCAAUUGCAAGGAAAACAUGUUAAGGAACGUCAAAUAUCCCAUUGGAAAUCUGUAAUUGCAUUACAAGAAAAAUUAAAAGGAACCCAUCAAAAAAUGCUAGAAAUUCGUGAUAAAAUGAACCAUAUUAAAUUAAUUUAUGAUAAAUUGAAACGCGUCGAAACAAAACGAGAUGUUGCUGAUGAAUUUUUAUUUCGAAAAAGUUUUUAUGAGUUAACACAAUUUACAAAACAAUGGGAAAUGUUGUCAGAACAAGAAAAAGAUUUAGAAGCGAAACUGAUGGAAUUAGAAAAUUCAUCACCUAGUGAUGUCUAUUUAUCGUCGAAAGAUCGACAAAUAUUAGACUGGCAUUUUGCUAAUUUAGAAUUUGCAAAUGCUACACCAUUAUCGAAUUUGUCGUUAAAACAUUGGGAUCAAGAUGAUGAUUUUGAAUUUACUGGCAGUCAUUUAACGAUACGGAACGGAUAUUCAUGUGUACCUAUGGCGUUAUCUGAAGGACUGGAUAUAAAAUUAUGCACAGUUGUUAAAAAAAUUAUUUAUAAUAAAAAGGGGGUUGAAGUUGUCACGAUAAAUUCUAGAAAUAAUUUACAGCACACACUAACGUAUACAGCUGAUGUAGUCCUCUGCACGUUGCCUCUGGGGGUGUUAAAGCUAGCUACUGCCCAAAAUUCUGUGCAAGAAAAUACUGUACAAUUCAUUCCACCUUUACCUGAUUGGAAAACAUCAGCAAUACAACGUCUGGGUUUUGGGAAUUUAAAUAAAGUUGUAUUGUGUUUUGAUCGAAUUUUCUGGGAUCCUACGACAAAUUUAUUUGGACAUGUUGGAAGCACAACUCCAAGUCGUGGUGAACUAUUCCUAUUUUGGCAUUUAUAUAAAGCACCAGUGCUAAUUGCAUUAGUUGCAGGAGAAGCUGCAGCUCUUAUGGAAAAUAUUUCGGAUGACGUGAUCGUUAGUCGUUGUAUAAAUGUUUUGAAAGGAAUUUUCGGAAAUGGGUGUGUGCCUCAACCUAAAGAAACGAUUGUUACAAGAUGGAGAGCUGAUCCAUGGUCACGUGGCUCUUAUUCUUUUGUAGCUGUGGGUAGUUCCGGUAGUGAUUAUGAUUUAUUAGCAUCCCCAGUUGUUCCUCCAACUCCAACAUCCACUUCAGAUGAUAAAUCUGAGGAUGCAGCCUUAACAGAAGGCCGUGUUUUCUUUGCUGGCGAACAUACAAUGCGAAAUUAUCCUGCGACAGUUCAUGGUGCAUUUUUAAGUGGAUUACGUGAGGCAAGUCGAAUUGCUGAACAACUUUGUGGAUGUCCAUAUAAAGCGCCAACUUUAAAGACUGCUUAAAAUUAGCUUUAAACAAACUUGUAUAUUUUUUCUUUUGUUUAAUAAAGAAUCACAAUGUUUUUAAUAGUA